ACAGGUUUUCUCAAUGGUCUCCGGAGUCGGGUUCACUAAUGGAUCUCUGUCAUUGGUGGAGGUAUACAGUCACACUCCUAAUAGGGGUGUGGUCUACCUUGUGUCUGGCUCAGACCACACCCCCAAUACAGACCACACCUCGUACAAAGUCCACACUUGCUCCCACGCAACAGUCCGAGCGUCUCAAGUUCCGCUUGGCCGGUUACCCUCGGAAACACAACGAGGGGCGCAUCGAGGUGUUCUAUAAGGGAGAGUGGGGAACCAUCUGCGACGAUGACUUCACGUUGUUCAAUGCCCACGUUCUCUGCCGACAGCUGGGCUUUGUUUCCGCCACUGGCUGGACACACAGCGCCAAGUAUGGAAAAGGAGCAGGCAAGAUCUGGCUGGACAACGUCCAGUGCAGUGGCAGCGAGACGAGCAUAUCUGUGUGCAAGUCACGAGGCUGGGGAAACAGCGACUGCACACACGACGAGGACGCUGGAGUAAUCUGCAAGGAUGAGAGACUGCCAGGAUUCGUUGACACUGAAAAUGUCAUUGAGGCUCUCUCAGGGCAGGGGGACGAGUACCACAUCGAGGAAGUGCGUCUGCGCCCUGUGGUUGCCACAGCAAAGCGCCGUCUCCCGGUAACGGAGGGCGUGGUGGAGGUGCGCUACAAGAACAGCUGGUCUCAGGUGUGUGACCGCGGCUGGACCCCCAAAAACUCCCGCGUCAUCUGCGGCUUGAUGGGGUUCCCCCACGAGAGGAAGGUCAACAAGAACUUCUACAGGCGUCUCAAAAGAUCAGCUGAGGCUAAAGGCAAAGUUACAGUAGCGGCUAGCAGGCAGAAACUCAAAUCCAAAGCUAAUGCUAAAGCUAACGCUAACGUUAAAAACAGCGCCAUCACCACAAAUAAAAGGCUGUACACGGAGCGUCAGAAGAGUCACUUCCUGGUUCACUCGGUGGCCUGCUUGGGCACUGAGGUCCACUUGGCCGCGUGCCCGCUGGAGUUUAAUAAGGGCAACAGCAGCACAGGGGCCUGUGAGGACGGAAUGCCCGCAGUGGUCAGUUGUGUGGCAGGGCCCCUGUACACACACAACGUUGCUUUGAAGAAGAAGCUCAAGGUUUCGAAAAACGUCCGGCUGAAGGGCGGCACGCACACGGCUGAGGGACGUGUGGAGGUGAUGAGGGGAGGCAAGUGGGGGACAGUGUGUGACGACCGCUGGAACCUGCAGUCGGCCAGCGUGGUGUGCAGAGAGCUGGGCUUCGGCUCGGCCAAGGAGGCCCUCACUGGAGCACGCAUGGGGCAGGGCGUGGGUCCGAUCCACAUGAAUGAGGUGCAGUGUACUGGCCAGGAGCGCUCCAUCUGGAGCUGCCACUAUAAGAACAUCACAGAGGAGGACUGCAUGCACACAGAGGAUGCGUCUGUCCGCUGCAACACCCCCUACAUGGGCUACGAGAAAACGGUGCGUAUUGGCGGGGGCCGCUCGCGGUACGAGGGGCGCGUGGAGGUGCUCCAGGCUCUCCCCAACGGGACCCAGCGCUGGGGUCUGCUCUGCGGAGACGGCUGGAGCACUAAGGAGGCCAUGGUGGUGUGCAGGCAGCUGGGCCUGGGAUACGCCAACCAUGGGCUGAAAGAAACGUGGUACUGGGACAGCAGUAAUGUGACUGAUAUGGUGUGGAGUGGGGUCAAGUGCACCGGGAGCGAGAUGUCCCUCACCCAGUGCCAGCGACACAAAGUCUUCAACUGCCAGAAAGCCGUCGCCAGGUUCUCUGCUGGAGUUAUCUGCUCAGAGACGGCGUCUGACCUGGUGCUGAACGCCACCCUAGUGCAGCAGUCUGUGUACAUUGAGGACCGUCCACUGCACAUGCUUUACUGCGCGGCGGAGGAGGACUGCCUGUCCAAGACGGCCGCCCAGGCCAACUGGCCCUACGGCCAUCGCCGCCUGCUGCGCUUCUCCUCCCAGAUCCACAACGUCGGUCGCGCCGACUUCAGGCCCAAGCUCGGCAGGCACUCCUGGGUGUGGCACGCGUGUCACGGGCAUUAUCACAGCAUGGACAUAUUUACUCAUUAUGACAUACUGUCAGUUAAUGGCACAAAGAUGGCCGAGGGACACAAAGCAAGCUUCUGCCUGGAGGAUUCUGAGUGUCAGGAGGGUAUCUCUAAGCGAUAUGAGUGUGCUAACUUUGGUGAGCAGGGUAUCACAGUGGGAUGCUGGGAUCUCUAUCGCCAUGACAUUGACUGCCAAUGGAUUGACAUCACAGAUGUGAAACCAGGAAACUACAUUCUACAGGUCGUGAUAAAUCCAAACCAAGAGGUGUCAGAGAUGGAUUACACAAACAAUGCCAUGAAGUGUAGCUGCAAGUAUGACGGCCAUAGGAUCUGGGUGCAUAACUGUCACAUUGGUGAUGCCUUCAGUGAUGAGGUGGAGAGGAAAUUUGAGAAAUAUCCUGGACAGUUCAACAACCAGAUAAUGAAUUAACACACACGCUCUCUCACUCUGAAGAGACACACGCCAAGCUCACACCAAUCAUGCACACGAUCAUACACAAGACAUUCUAGCAAUAUCUGACUUGUUACAUAAGCAUUCAUUCAUACAAUUUUGUAUAGGGAUCUACAUACUCCAUGAUACAGAACACCACAAUCAUAUACAUUAUGCAUAUUCAAAUGGUACUUGUGGCAGUAUGUUGAAACGGCUUUCACAGCUGAUGUGUGUGUGUGUUCGUGUGUGUGUGCGUGUGUGUAUCCAGGAGUUUUAUUACUUGAAUUCUCCGCUCCAGACCAUAUGUCAAGGGACCAUUGUUGAACAUCCUUUGCGGUGCUUUGUUUGAAUGUUUGUAUGUUUACGUCCCUAUGCCCUACAGGUAUUUUUGAGUUGUCAUGUGUGGUUGAUGAAGAAACACUUUGAGUGAAUGAAUGAAUGUUUUUAAGCUAAAAGUAAAACUAUGAAUAUUAAUUUUGAUUUGUUUGGAAUACUAUGUCCAUGAUCUCAUUCCAAUAUAUUUCAGUACUGCUUAAUCACAGGGAUUUAAGUAUGCACAUGCCAUUUUUUCUAGUCACAUUUCCUUUAUUUGAAGGUAUAAUAAAAAUGUAAAAUGAUUUA